CCAGGUAGUCAAGACUCUUAGCUUCACCAUCUCGGCAACCCAUUGGCCUAAUAUCACGGCAUACUUAACCUAGUAUAUACUAGGCUAGUGUUCCUGGUCUGAUACCUAUUUCAUGCAACCGCUCGCCGAGUACCGAGGUUGUUGAUGGUUUUUCGUUUCAUCUUUGGAAUCUUGGUCCGGCCGUGUAGUGUUUAUGUCUAUGUCCGCCGGGGCGGCUAAAAAGUCUUGAUGAUAAAUCAAUGCCAUGCAACAUGGGUGAAAAUUUCCACCAUGGAUGAUGAUAAAUCCAACUAGCUAAGUCGCCCCGUCCCGUCGCGACAGUUCGUAGAAACGACGCCAGUAGGUGGAUCGACAUGAAGAAAAUGCGUUAUAAAAAAGAAAUCCUGCCCCUCCAUCAUUAGGCAAAUGUGAUUUUCUCGUACACCAAAACUCAUCUUCAUUACAUAAAAGUGAGACCCCCGCCAAAAAAUCGCAUAUAGACAUAGACAUAGGCAUAGACGCCUAAAUCCUCACAACUCUCACAAUGGCACCCAUACGUUUCGAAAGUGAAGGGGUGGUAGACCCCGCGCCUCUGGCCCAGCCCCUGCCAUUCGAGUUCAGCGGCUGCACAGCGAAGAACCGGUUCCUAAAGGGCGCGAUGUCGGAGCGCCUGGCCACCUGGGACGGGAAGGAUCUACCGAAGCGCGGCAUACCGACCCCGGAGCUGCUGAACGUAUACCGACGGUGGGGCGAGGGCGGGUACGGCGUAAUCCUAACCAGCAACACGAUGCUGGCGUACGACCAGCUGGAGGGUGCCGGCAACCUGAUCAUCCCGCGGGAUGCGACCUUCGAGGGAGAGAGGUUUGAGAAGUUCCAGGAGCUGGCCUCUCUGGCAAAGGCGCAGGGCAGCCUUAUCGCCUGUCAAUUAUCCCACCCCGGCCGGCAGGUCCCUGCCCACAUCCAGCCGAACCCCAUCUCGGCGAGCGAUGUGCAACUACUGAAAAGCGACACGAGCAUGGCAUUCGCGAAGCCGCGGCCCAUGACCCAGGACGACAUCAACUCUGUAGUUGAUGGUUUUGCGCACGCGGCGGAGUUUUGCUAUAGAGCCGGAUUCGAUGGAAUCCAGCUACACGGCGCACACGGCUACCUCCUCGCGCAAUUCCUCGCACCCCGCACAAACCAGCGCACCGACUCCUACGGCGGCUCUCUCACGAACCGCGCCCGCAUAAUCUUCGAGAUCGCCUCCGCCAUCCGCUCGCGCAUCAACGACCCACGCUUCAUCGUGGGGAUCAAAGUCAACAGCGUCGAGUUCCAAGACAGCGGGUUCACGCCCACGGACUGCGCAUCCCUGUGCUCGCAGCUCGAGGCGCACGGCUUCGACUUCGUCGAGCUGUCGGGGGGCACGUACGAGAAGCUGGCCUUCUGCCACACGCAGGAGUCGACCAAGCGGCGGGAGGCGUUCUUCCUCGACUUCGCCGAGAUGAUCGCGCCGCACCUGAGCAAGACGCGGGCUUAUCUUACUGGUGGAUUUAGGACGACGGGCGCGAUGGUGAAUGCGCUGAAGACGGUGCCGGGGAUCGGGAUCGGGCGGCCGGCGUGUCACGAGUUCGACUUCGCAAAGAAGAUUUUGGAGGGGACGAUACAGGGGGCGAUUAAGGAGCUUGAUGAAAGUCAAGCUUCGCUGUCCACCAUGUUGGGAGGAACCCAAAUAAAACUAGUCGGCCACAACAAAGAGCCCCUCGACAUGAGUUCGGACGAGAACAAGGCGAUCUUCAUGAAGUCGGUGCAGAAGUGGCUGGAGAUACAAAAGAACAACGCGGACGGCUCCGCGUACGGGUUUCCCGACAUUGUGGGUGUGGAAUUACAGCCGUACGGAACUCCUUAUGUGUCUUGAACAUAACGCAACAGACGACUAAUGAAAUUGUUGGAGCAGAUAUGGUGGAAACAUAGAGCAGAAGUCAAAGAUCUAGGUAUAAAUAUA